GUUAGAAGCACAGCUGCAGCAGCAGGACCGUCCCCUGCCGCGUCUCUGGGCUCACUGCAGAUCAGGUCUAAGGAGAUCAUGGACGUUUCAAGUCCCAGGACUGAAGCUUCAUCAAUGGACCCUAGUUCCAAGCUUUUUUGCUGUAGAUCCGUGAGGCGUUGCAUCCCUCUGGUAUAUAGACAGGAGCUCUACCACAUCCUGUGCAUGACCGGACCCCUGGUUGCAUCGCGCAUUCUGAAUUAUCUCCUGCCUUUUGUCAUAACGAUGUUUUGCGGUCGCCUGGGAAACAGUGUGCUGGCUGGUUAUGGAAUGGCCUCAGCUACGAUAAACAUAACAACUGCAGCUACAGGUGGAGGUCUUGGACUGGCGGCUGACACCCUUAUCUCUCAGACCUUCGGUGGGAAGAAUCUGCGCCGUGUUGGCAUCAUCUUGCAGAGGAGUGUUUUGAUCCUCCUGCUCUUCUGUUUGCCCUGUUGGGCUCUGCUUAUCAACACCCAGCCUCUCCUCCUGCUGCUGGGUCAAGAUCCAGAGGUGGCCAGGAUAGCUCAACUCUACGUGGUUUGUUACCUGCCAGCAGUUCCAGCAAUGUUUUUGCAUCAGCUGCAAGUAGCCUAUCUCCAAAACCAGGGAGUGAUUCUGCCUCAGAUGUAUGCAGCCAUUGCAGCCAACAUUGCAAAUGUGGUGACAAACUACAUCCUUCUGAACUGGUUGGACCUUGGGUUAUAUGGAUCUGCUGCUGCCAAUACCGUAUCUCAGGUCUAUAUUUGUGUUUUCCUCUAUUUAUAUAUUCGUUGGAAGAAGCUCCAUGUUGAAACAUGGGGAGGCUGGUCAUGUGACUCACUGCAGGAGUGGGAUGGAUAUAUGAAACUGGCCAUCCCCAGUACCAUGAUGCUUUGCUUUGAGUGGUGGAUUUACGAGGUUGGAGGCUUCUUAGCAGGAAUGCUAGGGGAGUCGGAUCUAGCAGCUCAACAUGCAGUUAUUAUGCUGGCUUUUAUAAACUACAUGUUUCCAUUAGGGAUUCAAGGUGCGGCGUGUGUACGUGUGGGAAAUGCGCUCGGAGCAGGAGAUACAGCUGGAGCGAUCCGCACCAGCAAGGUGUCCCUCACCUGCACAGCUGCCUUGGCAGUUUUGCAAGGUCUUGUGCUCGCAUCGACAAAAACUGUGAUUGGUUUCUUAUUUACAUCAGACGGGCAUAUUGUGGCGCUUGUCUCCAAACUCUUGAACGUCUAUUGUGUGCUUCAGUUCUUUGAUGGCCUUGUUUGUGUCUGCAUGGGUAUUCUGUUGGGUUCAGGGCAGCAGAAGAUUGCAGCUGUAGCUAAUUUCUUUGGGUAUUACUGCAUUGGACUUCCACUUGGCACCUCUCUCAUGUUUGCUGCGAAAUUAGACGUUGUUGGCUUUUGGCUCGGACUUCUCAUUUGUGUUUGCGUGCAGUCCAGUUUUUUCAUUGCAGUCAUUUUUAAGCUCAACUGGGAGAGAGUGACCAAAGAGUGGAAAAGGGCUGGAAAGCGUAAAAUCUCUUCAGUGUCAGCUCCGGAUACUCUCACUGCGAGGCACAGAGAGAAUGGGGAUGAGUACAUGAACAUGAACAUGAAUGGUCGGGACGAGGAGCCAGGCGUAGAAGAAAAACCCCCAGCUCUGCUCUCUACCGCUCAGCUGGUUCUCAGAAGGGGUCUGACCACCAUCGCUGCUCUUUUCAUCCUAGCUGUAGGAAUAGUCGUCCAUCUCACUGUACCUUUACCUGAGGUGUCUAAUGCUGUCAGAGCAAAUACUACUUUGGACUCAAACUUCACUACGCCUUCAUCUCUCUACAUCCCUUCAACUUCAAUCUCAAGCUGAAAACCAGAGACUAGAGCUGUAGCUGUGUAUACAUAUCCACCUUUUUCCUGAGUAACCGAUGAGCACCGACGUGAUGGAUUCUAACUUCCGUUUGGGUGCUCUAGUGUUCCGGUCUCCAUAGAAAUCUGUUAAAAAUGGGUAAAAAUCGAAUUAAUUAAUUAAACUGAAGCUUUUUAAAUAUAACUAAAUAUAAAGAUGUGCACAGGGUUAAAUUGUGCUGUUGUUGGCUGCCACAGUAACAGCAAUAAACAUAAGAAAUUCAAGUAAAUUACUUUUUUAUGUUUUAUGUACGAGCAAAUCUGUCCGUGUCCAGCGGCGUAUGCAUCGCAUACGUAAAUGAUAACAAAAGAAAAGGAACACGGCUUGCUUCAUGUCAUCUACCCAUUCAUUAAACUAUGACAGUCGCUACAAAAAUACGGUCAUUGCGACACUGUAAAGAGAUGAAACUAUGCCCCAUGUGGUUUCAUUUCCAUAGGGUUAACAUUAUAUUAUAAGCUCGGAAAAUGCGUUAAUUUGACUCGAAACACCAGAGAACGGAAAUCAUCGUACCAGUCAGGCAAGACUUCCACGUUCAUAAAAAAGGUGGAUAUGCCAGGUAUUUUAUGUUUAGCCAUUUGCUAGGAAGUUAUAUUUUCCAAAACACAUUUAAUAAUUGCUGAAGCGUUACAUACAUCUGCAAAUGACAUUUUAUUAGCAUUUUUUAUUCCCAGCUGGCAGCAGCAGUGAUUACUGAUGUUUUCGACCCUCAUGUUUGACUGAAAUUGUUCGGGAACAACAUGGAUAACAUAAUCUGUUACAUCUUUACCUUUUCCCCAAGGAUUCAUGGGGCAGGAAGUCACUUUUACGGUCACCUUGAAUGAAACAGUCCCAUCUGCUGACCAUGUUCUGCAGUAAUGAGAAAGGAAAAUGCCACAGUCCUUAGAAAAAUAAAUCAGGGAUUUGUACCCUUUUCUUAUUUUACAAACAUCCUCUGACAUAUUAAGUCAUUUUUUUUAAAUUUCUGAUUAUUAAAAGAAACAAAAUGCAAAGCACUUUUUAUAUAUUUUCUAUAUAAACAUCUUAGGAUUGCAUAACAUAGAACAAAUACAAUAACAGUUUUCAAUUAUGAGCAGUUUCUGAAUCAUAUUUUAUAUCUGAAUCAGAUAAAAAAAAAAAAACAGAUUAAAGAUGAAAAUGAUAAACAGAUGUUUCAAUAUUCAUUCAUCCUUAGCACACAUCCUUAAUAUUUUAAACAUACUUUAAAAAGAGACGUGUUGGUGUAUACACAAUAUUUAUUUGGAAAAAGUUUAAAUAAACUACUUUGAAAUAAAAGUAAGUACAUGUAUAAUUAGUUACUCAUCACAAAUUUGCAAUAGGCCUAUUAAAAUUCAUGAGUCCAGUUUUGUAGCAACUCAAAGCAGCUGUUACAACAUAUUUUUUUUCUUUUUCUCUCUUUUUCUUAUUCUUGUUCUUGAAGUCUUGCCAGAUCUUUCAGCUUUGUGAACUUCACACUGGUUCAAAGGUUGGUGUGAGGCACUGAGGAGGAAGAGAAGACUUGUUAAUGUUUGCUUCUGUCCUUAAAAAAGUAAUCCUUUUUAUGAAAUCACAUCUGCUGUAUAUGAUGAUCCAACACAUUGUGAGUCUAAUGUACGUUAGUUUAGAUAUUAGUCACUUGUGAAAUCAGGAACCUGAUUGAUGAUUCACACAUUUGUUUGUAAAUGAUCGUGACUCUGAGAUGUAUUAAAGAAGAUGUAUAAAGAAACAAACCAAAAUAGAUCUACAAUUACAGUGACAUUACCGGCAAAAGACAAUUGAAAGUAAGUUGUAAUGAUAGACAAAUGUUGGCUUUUGAAAUGUUAAAGUCAUACUUGUGGCUGUAGCUUGAAAACAGAAAGAGCAGCUGGAUGAAUCAUUUUAUAUGGGUUAAUGGAGGGGGAUGGGAAACAGAGGAAAAGAGAGAUAACAUGUAAAUUUGCAUGGCCUGCAUAAGGCAAAAAUAUUUGUCUUUGAAUGUCAUUGGAAGUGAAAAGACCAAAGGUGAAACUUGAGAAAAAAAAUGUCAUGUUUUAGUAUAUAUACAUGCAUAAGCUUUUACAUGCACUGUAUUAUUGUUUAAUGUUUAAAGACGUCUUUUAUGCUCACCAAAGGUACAUUUAUUUAAUCAAAAAUACAGAGAAAUCUGUAAUAUUGUGAGAACUUAUUACAGAUUAAAUUAACUGUUUUCUCUUCUAAUAUAUUUUAUAAUGUAAUUUAUUUCUGUGAUGGCAAAGCUGAAUUUUAAUCAGCCAUUGCUCCAGUCUUCAGUGUCACAUGAUCCCUCAGAAAUCAUUCUAAUAUGCUAAUUUGU